AUGAAAUUGAAGCUAACGGUAGUGGGUCUAUUAGCUGUGACCGUGGCUUUUGCCACAGCCCUUGAGGACGUGAAGGAUGUUCCAGCAUUUGUGCGUAGUUUCGAAAAUUUAUAUCGAGCUCCUCCGCUACAAUCGCACAUGGUAAGCAGAGCUGUAAAAACGGAUUGGAUUACCCAAAAAUUGGAUCAUUUCGAUGAGAAGGAUACUCGUACCUGGCAAAUGCGCUAUAUGACCAACGCUGAUUAUUUCAAACCGGGUGGUCCCAUGAUCAUCUACAUUGGUGGUGAAUGGGAAAUUUCAGCUGGUAGCAUUUCAUAUGGUAUCCUAGCCGAUAUAGCCAAAGAACACAAUGGUAUGCUGUUCUACACCGAACAUCGUUACUAUGGCCAAAGCAAGCCGACCAAAAACCUUUUGGUAGAAAAUUUGGAAUAUUUGCAUGUGAAACAAGCCUUAGCCGAUUUGGCCCAUUUCAUUCGUUAUAAACAUGAAACUGUUCCCGAGCUGGCCAACUCCAAAGUGAUCAUAGCUGGUGCCUCCUAUUCAGCCACAAUGGUUGUGUGGUUUAAAAAACUUUAUCCUGAAUUGGUUGCUGGUGGUUGGGCAUCAUCGGCACCCAUCUUGGCUAAGGUCGAUUUUGUCGAAUACAAAGAAGUUGUAGGUCAAGCUUUGAGAGAAUUAGGCUCCGAAAAAUGCUACAAUCGUGUCCAGAACGGUAUUGCAGAAUUGGAAGAGAUGAUUGACAAUAAACGUGCCGCCGAAGUUAAGGCCAUGCUGAAGCUAUGUAAUAAUUUCAAUCACAAUAAUGAUUUGGAUGUGUGGUCAUUGUUCGGUUCCAUUUCGAAUAUAUUCGCCGGUUAUGUGCAAUAUCAAUCUGAAGGAGAUAUCCCCUACAUAUGUGACUACAUUAUGUCCUUUAAAGAUGAUUUGACUGCCAUUACCAACUUCUUCCUGUUUGGUAUGGGUUUCCCCAGCGGCUGUGUUGAUGUCAGCUACAAGAGUACCGUUAACUAUUAUAAGGACAGCACUUAUGUCUAUGGAGCAUCCCGCCCAUGGUAUUUCCAAACCUGCAAUGAAUAUGGCUGGUAUCAAACUUCGGGUUCGCGUAAUCAACCCUUUGGCACCAAAUUCCCCGUCACCUUUUAUACCACUUUGUGUACCGAUGUCUUCGGCAGGAAAUAUUCGAAUGAACAAAUCAAUAAAUUGGCCGAUCAGACCAAUGCAGAUUUUGGCGGUAUGAAUCCCGAAGUUGAAAAUGUCUAUAUGACUCACGGGGCCUUAGAUCCAUGGAGUCCUAUGGGCCAUGGUUUGGAACAAGGAGCUUCUGUAAUUCCCAGAGCAUCACACUGUGCUGAUUUCGGUUCGAUUAGCAGUGCUGAUAGUCCUGAAAUGCGUGCCUCUAAGGAAAAGCUGUUGGAAUUGGUUCGUGAAUGGUUGAAAUAA